UGAUUGUUUUCACGCUACGCUAGGCCCAGUCGUAUGCGUCAGUUGAUGUCGGUAGCAAAUGCGUAGGAGGAUCAGUCAGUGGGACGUGAGCCUGUAGUCGUCCCUCACAUACUUCAUGUAAGAUUUAUUUGGCAAAGAAAAUCGCCGCACAGGGGGAAUUCUGGCGAGUUACCAACAUAUCUGACGAUGGCAGAGUCAAGCGGAAGAUACCAGCAGCUGCCCAAUGAGGAAGAGCCGGAGGAUGCCCCACAGCCUGCCCCUGAUGCUCCGCCCCCAUACAGCAGUAUAGCUGCGGACAGCGCAGCCUUCUAUGACUACAAAGAAGAUGGACCAUUCCCCAAGCCUCCUUCCUACAACGUGGCCACCACACUGCCCUCCUAUGAUGAGGCUGAGAGGCUCAAGGCUGAAGCCACCGUCCCCUUGGUGGCAGACAGGGAUGAGGACUUUGUGACCAGGGAUGAUUUUGACGAUGCCGACCAGUUACGGAUAGGAAACGACGGCAUCUUUAUGCUAACCUUCUUCAUGGCGUUCCUGUUCAACUGGAUCGGAUUCUUCCUCUCCUUCUGCCUCACCACCUCGGCAGCCGGUCGCUACGGCGCCAUCUCGGGCUUCGGCCUCUCGCUCAUCAAAUGGAUUCUCAUCGUCAGGUUCUCCACCUAUUUCCCAGGCUACUUUGAUGGCCAGUACUGGCUCUGGUGGGUCUUCCUGGUUCUUGGGUUCCUGCUGUUCCUCAGAGGAUUCAUCAACUACGCCAAGAUCCGCAAGAUGGCCGACACCUUCUCCCCAAUCCCCCGCACCAGAGUUCUCUUUAUCUAUUAAUGCUGCAGGUUGGCAUCGUAGACACACCUCCCAGCAGCCAUCAGUGAGACUCAUGUGAUUAAGAAACAUCUUGCAAACAGCUCUGGAUUUCUGUAAGAAAAAAAGAAGAUAAACCUGAUGAGGGCAAAAAAAAAAAACAAACAAAUCAAAUUCCACUCUGUACUCUGCCCAUAGAACUCCAUCCCUGCCUGGACGGAGAUGUUCUCUGCAGAACCUUGUUUCCAUGAGAAUAACAUUAUGAUGAUGAUGAUGAUGAUGAUGAUGACUAUGAUGAUCCUCUUUCUAUGUUUCUAGAUGUAAACCAGUGAAUGCUGACAACUCUGUAAACCCAUUCAAUCAUUAGUUGACAUCAAGUGCUAUUUGUUAUCAGGUUUGUGAGGUAAAACAACAACAAGAAGAAAACAAAAUUGUGUAUGAAAUGAAAAUAUUGCCUUAUGUAUGAUCUGUUUUAGUCCUGGCAUGCACUUUUCUUGCCCCUAAUAGUCACUAGAGGGCAGUAUUUGUUUAUUUUUUGCCCCCUUCUCUCCUGCAUUUGUGGUUCACUUUAUACAUGGGGAUAGGUUCACAGUGAGUAGCUUAUUGGUAUGGGGGGCAACAUGUGACACAUUUGUAAUAAUAAUAGUUUUACUGUUGUUUCUCUCUUUCUAUCCCUUUGCCUCUCUCUCUCUCUCGCUCUCGCUCUCUCUCUCGCUCUCUCUCUCUCUCUCUCUCUCUCUCUCUCUCUCUCUCUCUCUCUCUCCUUUGUAACCCGAAGCUGUUUCCUGCAGUGAAGUUACUAUGACCGUGACAAAAUCAUGCCCUGUGUUAGAUGAGCACAAGUUAAAUGAUGUGUGAAAGUAUACCUUUGCCAAGUAUGCGGUUCAGACAUGUCUGGGCUAUCUUCUAUAUCGCUCCAUGAAUUAUACUCUCUUUUUCCCUCUCACCUGUUGUUUGCCAUUGAUUACUGUUCCCAGGCGGUAACAGUAAAUCUAUGAUCUGAACUGAGCGUGAGAGAGAAAGCCAACAUAAAAAUCAGGCAACAAGACUGAAAGCUUUUUACCAGUUGUGGAUUAUUACAUAGUAGGUUUAUGCCAGUGCUGAGUUGUACAUGCUAUGUCAAAGCUUUUUGUUUUGGUAGUCCAUAUCAUGAUGUUUUUUAGUUCGAUGUGGGUUGAUAUAAAUAAACCAACUCUUGAUUAAACACAUUGACGAGAA